AUGUCUGGUAGUGGAAUUAUUGCUCAAGCGCCAGUUUUGGCAAAAGAACCGAUUGAUAUUGAAGUUACAUCUAGUAUCUCCCAAGAGCACAGAGAGCAUGAACAAAGUUCAAAGAAACUCGGUAUCUUUCAACCUUGGUACGAACCCGGCACAAGCUCAAGAGAAAAGUGGCUUAUCUUCAAGUUGGAUGUGUUUAUACUAAGCUAUUCUUGUCUGGCAUGGUUUUUAAAAUACCUCGAUCAGCAGAAUGUUACAAAUGCCUAUGCAAAUGGCAUGAUGGAAGAUAUGAAGAUGAACAGCAAUCAACUUUCGUGGCUGAAUACUUACUUUGCAAUUGGAUCUAUUGUAGGAAGUGUCCCGGCAAGUAUUUUAAUAACCCAUGUUCGGCCGAAUAUUUAUCUUCCGGUCGUGGACUUUCUUUGGUCUCUGUUUGUUCUACUUUUGUACAAAUGUACAAAAAUAGAGCAAAUGUAUGCACUUAGAUUUUUGUGCGGUUUUGCAGAAUCCAGUGCAAACCCUUGUAUUCAUUUCCUACUUGGAAGCUUCUAUAAAAGCUCAGAACUUGGUAGAAGAUCUGCAUUUUUCAUUAUCUCUGGGGUAAUAUCACAAGCUAUUUCGUCGUUCAUAAUGAAUGGUCUGGACCACAGUUUGGAUGGAAAGCAAGGUCUUCCUGCCUGGAAGUGGCUUUUUAUAAUUGACUUUGUUAUCGGGAUGCCUAUAGUUGUUUGGGGCUACUUCGCCAUUCCCCAGUUGCCUGCUCGAGGAGCAAAGGCAUUUUACUUGAACGAAUGGGAACGUCAGCGAAUCAGCGAGAGAAUUGAAGAGGACGGUAGGACCCAAAUUGACAAAAAAUGGAAUAAAAAAACUAUUUGCGAUGUGCUUGGCGCUUGGCAACCAUGGGCUUUCACUUUGGCCUACUCUUUUUGGCAACUUACUGCUGCAUCAUACUCUAUGCAGUUCUUUACUUUGUACUUGAAAGCAAAGAAAAUUUACACUCAGACACAGAUAAAUUACAUACCCGACGCGAUAAGCUGUGUAAAUCUGGUAACGAUGAUAUCGAGUGGUAUUGUUGUUGACUUGAUAAGAAGAAGGUGGCCGGUUUGUCUUUUCGUCGGUCUGUUGCUGACGGUGGCAUUUGCCAUCCUGAGGUCUCCUAACGAAAGUGUUAAACUGAGAUUCUUUGGUUACAUCUUGACCGGAGUGUAUGGUUGUUACACACCUAUUCUUUCGGGUUGGGCUAACAUAGCCUGUGGGAACGAUCCAAAACUCAGGGCAUUUUCUUUAUCGAUAAUGAUUGCAAUUGGGACAGCCGUUGGCACCCCUUUUCAACAAUAUGUCUUCCCUAGUAGUGAGGCACCUUUUUAUAAUUCGACAAAUGGUUUUUCUUAUGCAUUAGGAUUUACGGUUCUUCUGACUAUUUGGACUGGUGUGGGGCUUCCACUCAUUGAGGCGCGAUUUACAAAAAAGCUGACUGAAUCAACUUCCUCAGAAAUUGAUAGCGAAGCGAAGGGUGAUCAAAUUUCCAUGUGA